CUUUAGCAAUAAGGAAAGUUUAUAAAUACCGAUAUCUUCCGUCAACAAAUUAUAGAAACAACAACAAACGAAAAAAGGAAAUUUAGUACUUGCAGAAUACUCUUACCACAAUUUUCGAUCCUACAAAUAUUUAUCUUAAUUCACUUUCUUCCUUCAGUUCCAUCUUUAUCUCUUUUAUUGUUUUCUUUUGGUUCUCUCUGUGACUUUGUUACCGUCAUGAACACGGAAGACGCAAAGACGGAGACUCCAACAGUCUCGAGCGGCUGUUUCUUGCCUCUCAAGAAACGCGUGAAACUUCUUAGCAACCCACCAAACAGUGCCCUAGAGGUUGUGGUUUCAGGCAAUGCGAAGUAUAAGGGAGUGGUUCAACAACCAACCGGUCACUGGGGCGCUCAGAUAUACGCAGACCACAAAAGGAUCUGGCUCGGCACUUUCAGAUCCGCUGCUGAAGCCGCCGCGGCUUACGAUAGCGCAUCCAUCAAGAUCCGAAGCUACGACGCUAACAUGCACCGGAACUUCCCUUGGAGUGAGUACACCGUCCACGAACCGGCCUUUCAAAACGAACACACGACCGAAGAUGUGUUGAGCAUGAUCAAAGACGGGACUUACCAACGCAAAUAUAGAGAGUUUUUCAAGAAAGUCCAAUCCAAGAUUGUCGGGGGAUACAACAUGGUUGGAUCGAAAGAAGAUCAAGAAUCAAAGAAUUGCUUCUCGUGCACGGAGCUGUUUAGGAAGGAACUGACGCCAAGCGAUGUUGGGAAGCUCAACAGGCUUGUGAUACCUAAGAAGUAUGCGGUGAGGUAUUUGCCUUUGUUAAGAGAUGAUCGAAAGGAGAGAGGAGAGGGUGAAAUAGGAGAAGAUGUUGAGGUUGUGUUCUAUGACAGGGCGAUGAGACAGUGGAAGUUUAGGUACUGUUAUUGGAAAAGUAGCCAGAGCUUUGUCUUCACUAGAGGAUGGAAUGGUUUCGUCAAGGAGAAGAGCCUCAAGGAGAAAGAUGUGAUCGUCUUUUACACUUGUGAUGUUCCGACGUUAGAAGGUCAGAGCAAAAAGUUCUUGAUGAUCGAUGUUCAGUGCUCUUCAGAUGAAGGUUCUGCUGUAUGUGAUGAGGAAGUAAACGAGACUGUCCAUAACAGUUCUGAGGGAGGAGUAAAAACAGAAGAAACCAAAUCAGUGGAGAACAAGGGAGGGUUUAUGCUGUUUGGUGUUAGGAUUCAAUAGCUACUUUGUUCUUAGGGACCUUUUAGUUUUAUAACUAAACUCGAGUUUUUUUAGAUAUGAUGUCACAUUUUACUUUUUUGGGCUUCGAUACUUAAUAUAAGAUUGGCAACUAAUAUAAAACAAUACUGAUUCUGUUGGGAACAGAACUCCAUAAAUCAAAUCUCUUAUCAUUGGUUUUUAAUAUAUAUGAAUAAAAGGGUAAAAUACGAAGUUUGAUACCACUAGAAAGAUCUUUCUUGGUAGGUCCGAUGCCAAAUUGCAAAUUGCAAAUUGAAACACACUGCGAAUGGAUCCAAAAAUUAAAGGAAAUCAAACA